CCAGUAGCUCUGGCCAAGACAGCAGCCAACAGUCUCUAAAUAUGUGUGUGAAAUGAGGAGUCAGCAUCACAUCAUAUGUUUGGAUGAUUCUCUGAGGAUGUCAGCUUCACGGAUGCGGCGAUUGAUGAGUGUUUCUGUCGCAGACUCAAACAGACGAUGAGAGUUGACAGUUGCUUCUCUCCAGAGAUCCAUGGCUCUUGGUGAUGAUUCUUCCUGCUAUGGGGCACUCAUGAACAACCCAGGCGUCUGCUCGCUGCGGGCGGGAGUAUGUUGACUGCCUGUCAGCAUGACGCCGUUGGACCUGUGGCUGUCUCGCUCCAUCCCCAUGUGUCUGCUCCUACAGAGCUUGGUGCUCAUGGUCCUGUGCUUUCCAUCUGCAAGCACCUGCCCCAAGGGCUGCACCUGCCAGCGUUCCGAAAGCCCCCCUCACGGGCUCAACGUCACUUGUAGUCUAUCACGCUUGAAGGAGAUCCCACCUGAUGUCCCGUCAGAAACUCAACUAUUGCAACUGGACCGGAAUCAUAUAUCGCUGGUGCCCGAUCGCAUCUUCCAUGGCUUAAGGAUGCUCCGGAGGCUUAAUCUAUCACAUAACGCCGUGGAGACGCUUGGAGAGGGGGCGUUUAUCGGUUUGGAGGGAUCUCUUGAAGUGUUGGACCUGUCCCACAACCGCAUUACUAGCGUGCACAAGGAUGCAUUUGCGCGGUUGAAGGCACGUGUGAUUGUGGACAAUAACCCUUGGCACUGUGACUGCGCCCUUCAGCAGGCACUUGGCGGCAUGUCGCACAAUCAUGAAGCCGCAACGCGUGUGCUGUGCCGUAGUUCAGAGCUUAGGGACCAGGAGGGCCAGCCGUUUCUUGCCGUGGAUGCGGACUUGUGUAACCUUGCGAAGCGGACCACCGACUAUGCCAUGUUGGUGACCAUGUUCGGCUGGUUUGCGAUGGUUAUUUCGUACGUUGUUUACUAUGUACGGCAGAACCAGGAGGAUGCAAGACGACACCUUGAGUACCUGAAAUCACUUCCGAGCAAACCCAAGAAACCGGACGAACCAGAGGACAUUAGCACGGUCGUGUGACACUGCAAAGCAAGAGGACUGUCAAACGACUCCAUCGCAAAUCCAGAGACUAAUCCCAGGAUGUUGAUAAAUUGACGCAAAUGGUAAAUGUCGUCUAACGUACUACACCUGUCUUCACUUUUUCCAAUAUGCUUUCCUGUUUCUGAGUGUGUAUUUAGAACACUUUGUGAUACACUUCCAACCCUGUGUCCGUUUGGGAAAGUAUUUUACUUCUAGUUGGCAUUGAAAUAAUCCUGUAACAGGGUAAUGUAGGCAAGGAGGAGACGGGAACUGGCUGAACAGUCAAAGUAAUAUUUAAUUUAAACAAAAAGACACAAAGAUAAACACACACGGCAGCUGCAUGUGGCUCUCUCUCUCCCGAACUGCCGCAUUCUGCUGCACUUAUCCCUCUCCUCGGCUGAUUAGCCCGAUUACCUCCUCGUCACAAAUCCCUUAAAAAUGGUCAGAACCCACCAUUCGAGUGAGAAGCUUUCUUCAGGCAUAUCGAGUCAUUUUCUACUGUAACUGAUAAGUUGAAACUGUUAACUAUCAAGCAAGACACAUCAUAAAAAGAGCGCCAAUAGCGUUAAUGACCAGUACAGGUAUUUUGAGAAAUUACAUCUCAGGUGCAAAUGUUGGUAGACUCCAAUGAUUUGUAAAAACCCUACAAAUGUUUUGAUGCUAAGUUUUGUAAGACAAACGAUAAUCACGGCAUGUCAAAAAUGCAUAUUAGCUACGCGUGCCAAUCAUUUUACGACCUUUAAAAAACGUAACUUACCCUUUAUUAGCAAAAUGACGUAAAAUGCAUUGUUUCUUCCAACAUUCGGAAACUAUUAAUGUGAUCCUGUGCAUUUUUAUAUGAUUUCCGAAAUCUUUGUUAAAUUGUGAUUGUUGAAAUGUAGAGCACAACAGUGCUGGUGUGGUGCGUGUUACGUGAUUCUCGGAACAAUAGUCGAGGAAUGUAGUCAAUACCUCUACCCGAUUGCUGUGAGGCUCUUUGUCAAUGUUGUAAGUCACCGUGCGUAAAAAGGCUCGUGAGCCCCGUGCUAGUCAUUUAUCGUGUAAUCUAUGAGAUGGUUUCAAUGACUAAUGUGUUUUCGUGACAGAAAUUAACCUUACGUAAAAUUCCACCCCUGAAACCAAACUCGUUCAACCUUUGACGUCCGCAAUACCUCUCGAAUUAAGAGGUAAAUUAUGUAAUUAAACUAGUUGAGGGGCGUUGGCUUCCCCUGCCACUCUGAGCAACCGUGGCAGGGCUGCCAGCACUCAGUGAUAUUAUUGUGUGUGUAGAGUAAUGUACCAGGCCAGCUAUGAGCAGAAAAUUACAGCUGUCACUCUGUCACUGCCCUCAAUCUUAUGGCUGGCAGCCAAUCCAGCAAAGCGAAGCCCCAGGAGGACCAGAAGAGAGAUGUUAGGAGAAAAGAGAGGAAAUGAAAAACAGGAUGUCGGUUUUGCUCAUUCUGCAUGGAAAGGAAAUCAGGGCCCUUAUAAAAAAGAAGUGUGGUGGUAGCAUGGUAUAGAAAUAGUUUCAGAUGGCAAUACCAUGGUACUGAAUGAUCAUGCUUUUCGUAUAUAAUGGUAUUUACAUGGAACUCCAAUUUAACUUAUCACCAUGGUACAAAAUACUGAAUGACUAUGAUUUUCAUAUACAGUACCAAGGCAUUGAUAAGGUACCCCAAGGUGUUUAAAGUAAUACCAUGGUACAUGUUCAAAAACAUGGUAUUACCAUGGUAAAUGCACCAAAUGCCAUGGUACCAUUUCUAAAAUACAUGGUAAUGGUAUUGAAUGAUUCCGAUUUUCAUAUAGGUAUUCACAAGGUACUCCAAGCUGCUUUAAUUCUACAAAUUAAUACCAUGGUACAUGUCCAAUGGCUUGUUGUUUGCAUAGGAAGGUACCUGAAAUCCCUUUAAAGAAUCGUGUUUGUUUGUUUUUGAAUGUACUAAUAUAGACUUGUUUUGUCUAACUGUGUUUGUUCACACUUUAUUGUGCUGCGGACGAAAGAGUCAUUUUCAAUGCUGUGUCUCCAUCGAGAAGCACGCUGUAGCCAAGGACACGGGGAGAGAUUUUCUAAGUGCCUGAAAUACUCGUAUAUCAGUCUCUCAUUCUUCCAGCUACCAAUAAUUUGCUUUGAAAUGUUCCGAUCAGUUUUGCAUCAGUAAACUCAAGUUUACCGGCCCAGAAACGGCUUUAUUGCACAAAGAUAAAGGAAACUAAUGAAGUUGGUAAUGGAACAAUCGUUGUUUUGGUGUUUAAAGUGACACUGAUAAGUGAGGUUGUUAUUGCUCUUUCACAUGAGUCGCGUCAAGGCUUUAAUGUACACCUCGACACAAGCGUCAAGCACAGCUUUGACCUCCACAUCAGGUGUCACAGAAGGGCAGUUGUACUAGGUUUCUUGGUAAAAAGAAAAUAUGAAGUUUACUUAUUUAACAGUGAAAAUAGUAAAAGCAAAUGAAAGUAACACAUUUAGCCAAGAACAGAAAAAGAAAGUCCUAUCCAUUGUUUCGAUAUAUCACAGAAAGACAUAAAAAUGUUUCGAUACGUUUUCGGAAAACUUAAGAUAUGCAAAAGAUCAGCCUUUUUUCCGUCUUGUUUUCUUUUUACGUCAAAACCAUCCACAUAAAGUUACAUCAUACUAAUUGUUCGAAAGCUUGUAAAGCCAUGGCAAAAGGGGUUGCAACAUGGCACCAGAGGUAACUAACCAGGCACACCACAAUUGAGCAACAGGCAAGAUCUAUUCCAUGUAACUCAUUGUUUUUACCCUAAAAAAAAAACUGCAUCUAGCAACAGGACAUUUUGUCGAUUGCUUGGUUUCUAUUUCUAUUGCGUCGCUCUGGGUAGCCCCGUCCAUAUUGCUUCACUGUAUUGAUUGGAUGCAAUUAUGUCAGUUUAAAAUUAACUAGCUAGAAACUUAGAUCUUAUAACAUUUCAGAUUGGCGCUUCGCUCUAUACAGUUCAGAGCAUUGGGAAACAUUGACGCAAAUCAUGUGAAAGGGCCUUUCUGGAAAGAAAAUAUAGAGCAGAGUUGUGGCAUGUGUUUCUUCCCAUGUUAUAUAUGUUUGUUUGUUUUUUAAGGUAAUUUCUUGAUGUAAGUGUGUAAUUGUUUUUUAUGCUUGGAAUACAUGAAACUGUCAAAAAAGUUACUUAUCAUGAAGACGUAAAACUGGAGAGUAACCAGUGGUACAUCACAUUGUAAACGCAUGAUGUAGAGAAAACGAAAUAAAAGAUUCAUUCACACUGUUC